AUCGUGGUCACGGUGCAGACAUCAAAAUUUCGGACGAAUGCGGAAUCUACCGUUUGUCGAGCCAACUCCGCUCUGCAACUUGAGUCCAAAGUUAUUCAUUCUGUCCAAGACUCAUCUCUAGAAAUGCUUGCAAGACGCGCGUCGGCCUUCGCGCGCAGCUUCGCCACUGUUGUCGACAAUGCUGGUGUCAAGGUUGCAGCCAUCGAUAACGGUCAACCCACCACCGCUGUCACCUUCCUCGUCAAGGCCGGCAGCCGAUACGAGCCUAAACCUGGUGUCGCGCAUACGCUGAAAAACUUUGCUUUCAAGAGCACUGCCAAAAGGUCGGCAUUGGGUACGGUCAGAGAGAGCGAGUUGUAUGGCGGCGUCCUUUCUGCAAGUCUGUCCCGUGAAUAUUUGGCACUUACUUCCGAGUUCUUGCGCGGUGAUGAGUCAUUCUUCGUCGACCUCAUGUCUUCCUUCCUCACGUCUGCCAAGUUCCAGCGACAUGAGUUCCAAGAGUAUGUUCUUCCCGUAGUCGAAGCCGAGAGCACCGCUGCCUCGCAAAACCCCGCAACGCACGCACUCGAACUCGCACAUUCACUCGCCUUCCGUUCUGGUCUCGGUUCCUCCCUCUUCGCGUCCCCACAUAGUCAUGUCUCCCUCGAUGACGUCAAGGAAUUUGCAACUCGUGCAUUCAGCCAAGGCAACAUCGCUGUUUUGGGUACUGGCAUCGACUCAGCUGCGCUUACACAGUUAGUCGAGAAAGCGCUUGCAGGCGUGUCUGUUAGCAAUGUGGCUGUGGAGAGUAAACCAUCGACGUACUUUGGUGGUGAGACACGGCUAGAGUCGCAUGGGGGUCUUGAGACUGUGUUCAUCGGUUUUGGUGCUGCCGGCCCUGCGGACCCUGCGCUUGCUGUCCUUUCUGCGCACCUCUCGCCUCAGCCAUCUGUCAAGUGGUCACAGGGCCUUUCGCCUAUUUCAGCUGCCAUUCCGCAGGGCACGUCGGUGCAGCCUGUUCUUAUGCCAUACUCGGACGCAACACUUUUCGGUCUGCUUAUCCAGGGCUCGAGCGCCGGAGGGGUGAAGGAGGCUGCCAAAGUUGCUACUAAGGCAUUGAAGGAAUCGACAGACCUCAAGGGUGAUGCGCUUAAAAUGGCUGUAGCUAAAGCCAAGUUUGCUGCUGCUAGCUCUCUAGAUGGUCGUGAUGGGAUUUUCGGUGCUCUCAGUACCAAGGUCUUUGCAAAUUCGAAUGCUUCAAUCGAAGCUACGCUAGCAUCAAUAGACAAGGUUGAUGCUGCCGCAUUCUCGAAGUCUGUCGCUUCGAUCACGAAAGCCAAGCCUACGUUUGUUGCUAUUGGGAGUGUGCAGGCAUUACCGUUCGCAGAUGAAGUUGGCCUUUGAACUAGAUGAUAAUAUUCAUAGACCAUCGCUUUACAUUAUGUGCUAGCGAAAAAUAUCCUUUACUUUGUGUUUGGAAACCUUGAGAUACCACUGUUUUUCUAGACUGGAACUCAGAAGCACCGAAGCUCUAGAACAUGAACAAGCAUGUACCAGACUAAUUUUAAUCACCAGGUAUACGUACAUAUACACAUGGUUGCUUGAUC